AUGAUAGACACGUGUCACGUUCCUCCUGAUCAACCAGAUGAAAGCAAUGUCACAGCAUUACUGUAUGCAGCAAUUGGUGGUCAUUCUAACCUGGUGGAAUUUUUUGUUAAUCGUAAUUGCAACACGUCACAGGUUAAUUUUGCAGAUGCAUCCUUAUCACUUUUAGCCUGUAUGAGUGGGCAGAUAGCAUUAGUCCACAAGCUUGAAAAGUUGGGCCUUUUUUCACCAAACUAUAAGAGUAGUUUGGAUACCAAUAUAUUACACUACACCUGCCAAUCUGUGAAUGAUAAUUUCGAACUUUUAAAGUACCUUUUAUCUCGGUAUCAACUAGCUGUUGAUUCAAAAGAUCGAUAUGGCAGAACUCCACUUCAUACUGCUUUGGAGUAUGCUCUUUUUGCAACUGUUCAGUUUAUUAUGAAUGUUCGAGAUGAUGAUAUGCUGCCAAUUGAUGAUGAUGAUUGGUUGUGUCUUCAUUAUGCAACUAAUACAAUUUGUUGUAUUAAUGGUGGAAAUGUAUAUUGUAAGCUUAUUUCACCACAUAGCAUACCAAUCAUUGAAGUUACUAAUGGUACUUACGUGAAAAGCAAUAUUGAUUUUUUCAAAAAAACACAACAGUUGAAUUUGCUCUCUUCAUUUCUCAAAAGAGCUAGCACCUACCCUAACUUCGACAUUAAUGUUACUACAAAAUAUGGUGAGUCAUUACUUCAUUUAGCAUCUCAGAGUGGUAAUACAUUGCUAGUUAAAGCACUGCAAAAGUAUGAUAUCACUGCUUCACUAAAUAGAGAUUAUCGAUCUCCAGUACACAAAGCUGCUUUAUCGGGUUCUACCACAAUGUUAAAUCACAUCAUAUCUCAGUAUAAUCUUGAUGCUAACUUGCCUGAUUGUAUUGAUCGAACACCGUUAAUGUACUCCUGCUCAUCAGGUAGCAUUAAUGCUGUUGAAUAUCUCAUUACUUGUCAUAACAGUGAUCCUAAUAUCACUGAUCUCAAUG